CGUAAACACGUGUGGAACUUUAUAAAACAAUCCGGGAAAAUAAACAAAAUCAUGAAUAACAAUCUUUUCGAGGGCUCUGAUGAUGACGGAGAGGACCUGCAGUUGUCCACCAACAAGGACUAUGCCAAGACCUACAACAUCCUGCGCAAGAAGGAGCUGCUACAGAAAUAUAAAGAUCGCGGCUUGGAUGUAUCCGAAUCGGAGUUCGAUAGCGACAGCGAGUCCUCCGAGGAGGACGAGGUGGACCCCAAGUUCGAUCAGGACUUCUUUAAGACGCUGUCCUCGCUGAAAAGUAAAGACCCACGGAUUUACGACAAGGGCACGAAAUUUUUUAAUGAAUCCUCAAGCGACGAGGAGGAGGGGCAGCCAAAGAAGCAGAAGAAAGCGAAGCCUGUCACCUUGAAGGACUACGAACGAAAGGUGAUCCUGGAGCACAAUGGCAAAUUCGAGAGUUCGGAUGAGGAGCAGCAGGAGAAGGAGCAGGAGGAAAUGCAGAGGGCCCAGUCACCCACCGCCGUGGAAGCGGAGCGGCGACUCAAGGACGAGUUCCGGAGUGUGAUGAACCAGGAGGACGAUGGCGAAGAUGAGGAAUUCGGCGGCAUAUUCAAGAAACGCACCAAGACCAAGGAGCAAACGGCGGCCGAGGAGGCGGACUUUGCCAAGUGGCUUGCGGGAAAGCAGGAGGAGAUCCAGCAGACCGACAAGGAGCAGCUGGAGCCACUGAAACAGUACUGGAACAGUAGCAAGCUGACACAGGGCGAGAGCUUCCUCAGGGACUACAUCCUCAACAAGGGCUAUGCCAACACCGAUGAGUCCGCCAUUCCCACCUACGACGAGAUCGUGGGAGAAGCGGCCCCGCUUUCCGAGGACGAACAGGAGCUGGAGAAGCAGGCGGAGUUCGAACAGAAGUACAACUUCCGCUUUGAAGAGCCCGAUGCGGAGUUCAUCAAGCGCUAUCCCCGCACCAUCGAACAGUCCAUCCGGCGCACAGACGACAAGCGGAAAGAAAAGCGCAAGGAGGUCAAGGAGCGUAAGGAUCAGGAGAAGCAGCAAAAGAUGAAGGAACUGGAGCUGAUCAAGGACAUCAAGCGCAAGGAGAUCGAGGAGAAGAUACGUAAAUUGAAAGCCGUCACUGGCAACGAUGAGCUCGGUUUCCGCGACGAGGAGCUUGAGGAGGACUUUGAUCCGGCGGCCCACGAUCGUCGCAUGCAGGAGCUCUUCGACGAUGAGUACUACAAUGUGGACGAGGGCGAGGAGAAGCCAGAAUGCCCCUCGGACAUCGAUGAACUCGAGCUGGAAGACUGGGACAACUACGAUCCCACAAAGCACACUAAUGCGGGCGAUCAGGACUACGAUGGACACUGCGAGGACGACGACUUUAACAUGGAUUGCGACUACGAUCCGUCCACGUCCAAGCAGCAACUGCAGCAGGAGCUCAUCGAAAGUACGCGCGGUCGUAAAGGCCGCAAGGGUAGGCGGAAUCGCUUCAUGGAAAUGAUCCAGGCGGAGAAGCCGGCAUUCAAUCCGGAGGACGAAAAGACCUACAGUGAGUACAUCGAUGAGUACUACCAAAUGGACUGCGAGGACAUCGUGGGAGAUCAGCCGUGUAGGUUUAAAUAUGUGGAAACCACACCCAACGAUUUUGGUUUAACGAUAGAAGAGAUCUUGCUGGCCAAGAACAAAGAGCUCAAUCAGUGGGCCAGCCUUAAGAAAGCUGUUCAAAACAGACCCGAACAUGUCGAGAAAAAGGAGCAACGUCUGUAUAAGAUGAAGGCCAAGAACGAAGAUCUUAAGCGAAAGAUAUUUAAAAGUCUGUAUGGCGAAGGAUCUGAUGACGAGGAGCAGCCAGCAGAUGAGACUCCGGAGACUAAGUCUGCUGCUGAAACGACUGCCGCCACUGAUAAUGCUCAAGUCCCAACAGAAGCCUUAUCGAAAUCGAAGAGGAAACGCCUAAAGCGGAAAGCAGCCGCAGCUGCUGCAGCCAGUUCCUCUCAGAAAUCCAAUCAGGAACCCAAGGAAUCAACAGAGCAAGGACAGGCAGAGGAAAGUAAAACAAAGGCUGAUCCUUCUGCUCCAAAGAAAAGCAAAAAUAGUAGCAAAAACACAAUAGAGCCCAAAAAUGGGGAAAACGGAUUGAAGAAAUCACAAAGCCAAACUCAAAAGAACAAUGCUUUUAAAAAUUCGGAAAAGUCAAAUGGAAAUAAUCCUUUUAAUAAGCAGCAGAAGAAACCCAACCAGAAACAAGGACGACAACAAGUGAAUAACAACCAAGGCGAAUACAAACAAGCUCCUUCUGGUGCCAAUCCCUUCAGGAAAACAAGCGAAAAGGCCAGCGCUCCCUUCCCAGCGAAGAAAACGAAUAGCUUUAAAGCUAAAAAUAAAAUAAACAAUAACAGCAGUGGAAUAACCGACGAUCGAUUGAAAGCCUACGGCAUAAAUCCCCGAAAGUUCCACAAGCGGGAAAAGUACGGGAAGAAGGAUAAGUAAAAUGCUAGGAUUAAUAUAAUAGUAAUAGUAAGAUACAUUUUGUAGUUAAAUCUUAUGUACAUAUGAUAACAUUAAAAUCCAGCACAGAUA